ACUCCCUCACCUCAUCAUCAUCAUAUUCAUACCGUUGCACUUUUACAUACACGUGUUUCCUCUCACAUUCCACGCCGGAAUCCUCUCUCUCUCUCUCUCUCUCUCACACACACACACAACACACAACACAAAACCAUCAUCAUUUCAUUUCAUUAAUUAAUACUAAAGUCCAUUUCUCCACAACAAAUCUUACCAAUUUUGACUUUCCAGCAGACCUUUGAUUUGAUCCAUCGGAAGAGAUGGGUGGUGUGACGUCAUCCAUGGCGGCCAAGUUCGCCUUUUUUCCACCUACUCCGCCGUCCUACAGGGUGGUGGUGACCACCGACUCCAACAGCCUCAGGAUGACCGAUGUCCCCGAGAGGGGAAACGUCGACGUUUUGAAGAUUAAGACUAAGAGGGGUACGGAGAUUGUGGCGGUGUAUGUUAAGAAUCCAGCUGCCAAGUUGACGAUUCUCUACUCUCAUGGUAACGCCGCUGAUCUGGGUCAGAUGUAUGAGUUGUUUUGUCAACUCAGUCUUCACCUCCGAGUCAACUUGAUGGGGUAUGACUAUACUGGGUACGGGCGGUCUUCUGGCAAGCCAACUGAGCACAACACUUAUGCUGACAUAGAAGCUGCAUAUAGAUGUCUCGUAGAGACAUACGGUGUGAAAGAAGAAGAUGUUAUAUUAUACGGUCAGUCCGUCGGUAGCGGGCCCACUCUGGAUUUGGCAUCGCGUUUACCGAGAUUAAGGGCUGUAGUUCUUCACAGCCCAAUCUUGUCUGGGCUUAGAGUCAUGUAUCCUGUCAAACGAACAUAUUGGUUCGAUAUAUACAAGAAUAUUGAUAAGAUACCGUUGGUCCGGUCUCCUGUUUUGGUAAUCCAUGGAACUGAAGAUGAUGUUGUAGAUUGCACUCAUGGUAAGCAGCUUUGGGAGCUAUGUGCAGAAAAGUAUGAACCGUUAUGGGUAAAAGGCGGUAACCACUGUGACUUAGAGCUCUUCCCUGAGUACAUAAGACAUCUUAAAAAAUUCAUCUCGGCCGUUGAGAAGUCAGACCGCUUGAAAAACCUAUCCGGGCCCCUCACUGAUAACGGUGAUAAGCAGCAUCGUAUGAGUACAGAUUGUAGAGAUAAACACAGACCUAGCACAGAUAACUCAAGGCUGAGCACAGAUUGUAGAGAUAAAUCAAGAUCCAGCGUUGACCGAAGAGAAAAGUCAAAGAAGAAUACGGAGACUGGCAGGAGGUCAACCAACACCAUUGACCAACCGGAGAAGGCAAGAAAUAGCAUCGAUCGGUUUGGAGGUAUGGUGCGAUCGGCUGUCUUGUGCAAUAUAGAUUGUUUCAGGCCUCAUGGAUCAACACGGGUAGGAAGAUCAUAAUGUCAAAGAAAGAAAGGAAUGAAUUAAUGAUUUUAUUAUGUAUUUUAGGUAGAUGAUGUAUCUUAUUAAUUUUAUUCAUAUUCCCAGCUGUUUUAUUUUAUGGAUCAAAAUAAGAUUAUUAGCAUGAUCA